AUGAUCAGACGCAAAAGGAAAAGAUGUAAGUAAUUCUUAUGAUUUCAGAGAAAUAAAAGUCUUUGCAGUGACAAAAAGUCUCGAGAAUGUAGAACAAAACUUGAUAUGUGAUGACGAUUCGAUGAAUGACGAAUAUCCCGAAACGGUACAAGAAACGGAAGAUGGAGAAUCAGAUGAAAGCUCAUGUAAGAACUAAUAAUCAUUUCUUUUUCAGAUUAACCGAAGAGGGAAUCGAAAAAAUCAUCGUUUUCAGGCGAUUAUGAAUUGGAAGACGAGGCGAUUAAUUCUGACGGAAGAGACGUAUAUAGUUCUUCGAUGAGAACUUUUGAAAAGAACAGAAAACAGAUCAAGAUUAUAAAAUACUCGCAUACUAUGUUCACUUCCUGGUAUCUUCCGGAAGAAAAAAACUACAAAGGAAUAAAUCCGGCACCAUUUCCAGCAGUGCUCUACGAAACACUGAAAGGUGAGUCUUAUUUUUUAUGAUCAACUUCACAGAAAUGUGUUCCAUUGCAGACUUGUUCCUCAUGUUCUUCAACUUGGAUCACCGCGAACUCGACGUUGAUUUUAGAGCGGAAUUCCGCAGUCUCGGAUUCCUGGACGCGUACAAUGACGAUUUCAACAAGAAGCCAUUCUUCAAAAGACUCUCCUCUGCUCGAAAGAGUUAUUUGACGGGAACAUUUCGAGCACAGCUGAAGGAGGCCUUGUAGGUACUUCAAUUUAAUUCUCAUGAAAGGAGUCUUUUCCAGGAUCGAAAUCCGACAUGCCAACUAGGAUUCGGUACGCGGAACUUUCGAAUUGCGCAAGGUAUGAAUAACACAUUGAGUUGCACUGUAAUCGCGAAUCAAUUUCAGCGGCCAGGACUGAGAAAACAGUCAGAUCCUUCGUCCACAGCCAUGCCGAAAAUCGAGAAAAAGAGAGAGAAUUGGAAGCCGACGAUUGCUGA